ACGUAGGUUUUUAUUGUGGUUCGGAGGUUAGAUUCGAAUUAAUUUAAAAUUUAAGCGCGUAGUGUUAAGCAAUGUGUACAUUAGAAAAAAUAGUGGCUAGUUCAAAGCAAUUCAAGUUUCCAAGCUGGAAAUCUCAAGAAGUCACGCGUUACCUGCCGACGUUCAACAUCAGCAACUAUAAACAGCAUCUCCGUAGAUUUCUGUCUUUACCGAUGAGGUCACCGAAUAACGAUGACGUCAUAUCGCCUAGUUCUGCUGGCGUGCCCUCACAAAAUGAUGAUGACGUUUUCUUCACGCCGACGUCGUCACUUCCGCCGAAUCUGGAAAUAAAGUCACGUGAAAAGUUAAGGUUUGAUCCAUACCAGAUAUUUGAGGUGGAACAUAGGCCAUGCCUCAUCCUCGAGGUCAAGGUCGUCAGGGGUCGCAACAUCACCCUGGGUUGGAGAGAUUAUGUUGACACUCCGGACCCUUACGUAAAGCUGUUCAUAAGGACGGCUCCUGAAGGCAGGCGACAGACCAAAUCUCGCGAGAACGACAUAAAUCCCGUCUGGGAUGAGAAUUUCACGUUUUUACUCAACGACACAGAAACAAACGAAUUGGAAAUCUGGUUAAUGGAGGACAAUUCGCCGCUCAUGUACGACGAGAUUGUGGGGUCAGCGAAGUUUGACCUUGGUAACCUGACACGUGACAGGUGGCACAAGAAGACAUUCGUGUUUAACGAGGUGUCCGAGGUCGACAUAGAGAUGAAGAUUUCGCUAGAUCAGAAGCCUACGUUACGCUACAGUCUGUGCCUAUGUGAGCAGGAGAAGUCGUUUUUAACUCGUCGAAAGGUCAAGGUCAUGGAGGCUAUGAAACAGUUAUUGGGAGAAAAAGGGCCAAAAAAUGUGGACGAGGUGCCGACCAUCGGUAUCAUCGGUUCCGGCGGCGGGUUUCGAGCUAUGGUGGGCCUUAGUGGCGCCGUAAAGGGCCUCUACGACGCCGGUAUAUUCCAGUGCGCCACCUAUCUGUGCGGGCUCUCCGGGUCGUCAUGGUAUAUCUCCACCCUGUAUUCCCACCCAAACUGGCCGAAAAUGGCCCCUGGCGACAUGCAGGAUGAGCUGAAGAAUAACAUCGACUCCAGCAUACUGUGGCUGCUGAAACCGCAAACCGUUUACAGAUAUAUGGACAAUAUUAUGAAGAAGAGCGGAAGACGGCCAACCGGUCAAGUUUUACCGACUUUUUGGUCACAUGGUCGGGAGACUUUACUAGGCAACAGGUUCGACUGUCGGCUGUCGGAUCAGCAGACGAAGCUUACAGACGGCGCGAUACCGAUGCCUCUGCUUACAUGUGUGCACGUGAAGAAAGACAGAUCCGCUCGCAGUUUCCAAGGUAACUGUCUAGCAGCUAGUUUUGUUUAG